UCUGUCAUUUUGGUCUUCAAAUUCGGCAGCUUUCUCAAAAGAAGAAUGAAUACAACCAGCAAAUUGAAGUAUGCAGAGCUCACAUUGCUGAGUGUCGGUCUCGCAUUGAAACCCUCAAUAAAAAUAUCAAAGAACUUGAGGAGGAAAUCAGGGUGAAGCAGAUCUCUGUGAAACAUAAUAAAGAUGUUGCAAAAAGCAUGAAGGUGACUAACAGCCGGCUCCUCCAGUAUGAGAAGAUGCUGAAAACAGAACUUGAGCAAAGAAAAGCCAGCUUCAAUGAUGACAAGGAAGUCUUUGAAGAGAGGAUUGCAGGCUACAGAAAGAUAUUCCAGUCACACAAAGAACAUUAUUGCAAAAACCCUCUGGCUCAAAAGCUGCUUGGGCUGCAGGCUGAAAAUGAGGAGAUAGAGUGUAGGAUCAAAGCUUGUGAUGAUCAAGUUACGAUGAAACAGAAAGAGCUCCACCAUCUCACUGAUCUAGCAGCCAAUCCUAAUUCCACUGAGGAAUUACCGAACAGUGUAUGUGUUGAACUGCCCAUAAAAGAGUCACAGGAGAAACCAGAUCCUCAGAUAGAGGACAGUGAUUCUGCCGUUGACAUUGAAUGUCUUCAUCUCAAGCAAACAGAGACGAAAGAAUCUGUAGAAGCAAGUGCUGAAGAUACUCAGGCAGAACACCAGGGCCUGGACACAACCACCUGCAGCCCCAAGCCACAAGAACGAAGCAGAGAGUUGAGGUCACUUGAAGAGCAGACUGAGGAAAAUUUGCCAAAUGCGAUGCACAUCGAUGAGAAGGAAAAGGAAACGCAACUACAGGACAAAGUCUUGGAACAGCAGACUAAUGUGUCGGAGAUGGAAGAGGCAGUAGAGGUUGGAGAUGAAGAUCAAACCUCAAGAGAAAAGGACAACAAGAGACACGCUGAUUUUUCUCAGUCGCCAGCCACUGCACCUUCCACCCCUUCGUUUUCAUUCACUUACAGUCCAACCAGGUCCCCACACACAGCAACAUCCGAGACCAAAUCUCCAGCUCUCCUGUUCUCUGUCAACUCUGACCCGAACACCCCAUGCUUCUCUGGAUUUGGGUUUGACAUGGGCCCGUCACAGGUUGAGGACACGUCUUUUACUUUCACCAACUCUUUGUUCAACGAGAAGAACACUACAGAACCAAAGUCUUCACGUACCCCCGAGUUUCUGUUUGGCCAGUCAGAACAAGGAGAAGACUUUCAGUUUGCCUUCAACUUCAUGAGUCCUCAGGCAUCUAGCAAAGAUAAAAAUAAAGACGAUUGUCCAUUUUCAUUCAACUUUUGAGACAUUUGUUUACUCACACAUUAACUGAAAAUGGUUUGUUUUGUUCUUAGACCAGUUCUUGAUUCAUCUGUUCUUGGUUUACGUGAAAUUUGCGGUGUGACUUUUCAAAAGGCAUUUUCUGUUUUAGUCUCUUAAAUAGUUGUAAGAGUGUACAUAUACCUCAGUUUAUUAUAAAGUUAAUCAGUACUUUGAACAUAUUUCACAUCAGCCUCACAGUUGGAUAACAUUUUAUUAGCAACAAAAUAAUAUACAAAUCCAUAUUUCUUUGCAUGCUUCCCUUUUGUGACAGCAGCAGUUACGAAGUUAAUCUUACAGUGUAAUUAACUGCUCAUUGGUAUUCAUUUUCUGAUUCUAACAUUUACUGUUGAGUUUGAAAUAAAAAAUAAAAUUAAUACCUCUCUGGUCUCACGAGUCAUUUAGUCACAUCUCUAUCUCACAUCUAUAUUUUACCCAUAAAGUUGGAGUUUUGA